AAAAAACUCGACUGAAUUUCUCGCCGAAGCCCUUAGAAUUUGUCGUGCCGGCCCUGAAAGGAAGAACACGGAGGCCCAGAUUUCCCUUCUUUUGAAUAGAACAAAACAAUCAGUCAAGUUUGCACGAAUACAAUCACGAUCUCAAACUUUCUCUCCACAUUUUAUCAAAAACCAAACGGAGAUUGUGACAAGAGGGGCAAUGAGUUCCGUUCAUGUUUGCCUCAACAAUCCACUAUCCCCGUCGAGGACCCUCCGCCGCUCGUUCAGUCUACACAGAGAAACGCCAUCGUUGCUCGGAAUCGGCAACGGGCGCAGGACGUUGCACGCGAUCGCAUGUCUGAACGUGGAGGUGGAAGCAACGGAUAGUAAUGCGGGGAAGCCUGGGCUUCUGAAGAGCAAGGAGGUGAUGGAGACGGAGGCCAGGGUUCUGGUGGGGACGUACGCGAGAGCACCGGUUGUGCUUGCCAGUGGCAAGGGCUGUAAAUUGUACGACGUCGAGGGGCGAGAGUAUCUGGACAUGAGUGCCGGGAUCGCGGUGAAUGCGCUAGGGCAUGGGGAUGAGGAUUGGUUGAAGGCCGUGGUUGAGCAGGCCACUACCCUCACUCAUGUCAGCAAUAUGUAUUAUUCCCUCCCUCAGGUGGAGCUUGCCAAGCGUCUAGUAGCUUCUUCUUUUGCUGAUCGUGUGUUUUUCUCAAAUUCUGGAACGGAAGCAAAUGAGGCUGCUAUUAAAUUUUCCAGGAAGUUUCAAAGAUACACACAUCCCGAUGCCAAAGAGCCUGCAACCGAGUUCAUAUCUUUCACUAAUUCCUUCCAUGGUCGGACCAUGGGUGCUCUUGCUUUGACAAGCAAAGAGCAUUACAGAUCACCUUUUGAACCUGUCAUGCCUGGAGUCACUUUUUUGGAGUAUGGAAAUAUACAAGUUACAAAAGAAUUGAUUCAGCAAGGAAGAACUGCAGCAGUUUUUGUGGAACCUAUCCAGGGUGAAGGGGGUAUAUACAGUGCAACAAAGGAGUUCUUACAAUUUUUGCGUAGUGCUUGUGAUGAUGCUGGGACUUUGUUGGUCUUUGAUGAGGUAAUCAUCUGUUAAAUUGAUUUAUAGUUG